AUGCCACACAGCACUGAAUCAGAGCUCGAGAUCAAGCCCAUUGAUCCAGGCCAAGACUCAAAUGUCAAGUUCGGCGCCUUUAUCUCAGGUGUCGACCUUAACAACCUUGAUGAUGCCACAUUCCAAGCCAUCCGGCAAGCACUUUAUGAGAACUCCCUAGUCAUCAUCAAGAAUCAACAAAAGUUGACACCGACGAACCACUUCAACUUCGUGCGCCGCUUCGAUCCAGAAGCCGCAGCAGUCCACGGCCAUGGAUCUGUAGACAGAAUGAAGGAAGCCCGCAAAGACGGCGGCAAGUCGCUCUUGGCCUUGGGCUCGGUCCACGGCAUCCCCGAAGCUCCCGGCGUGCGAAUGAUAGGAGCCGGCUAUCAAGGCGAUGAUCACUACGGCCUCAAAGGAGUCACAAUGGACCCAACCAGCAUCCUCAAGACACAAGUCGAUCCACCCACACCCGAAGAAAUUUCGGCAGGAGUCACCAGAUUCGGAAGAUGGCACAUCGAUUGUGCAAUGUAUGAUCUCGAACCUCCGAAAGUGACAGCCCUUCGCUGCGUCAAACUUCCCGAUCAAGGCUUGAAGCAAACCGUGGUCUGGGACGAUGGUUCAGGCGCAAAACUGGAAAACGUCCGACCUGGUCGAACAGCGUAUUUCUCCUGUGAACAGCUAUACGAAAUGCUGACUCCCGAAGAAAAAGCCAUCUCGGAGAAUAGUUAUGUCACAUACUCUCCACAUCCGUAUCAAUGGAUAUCCCGAUGUAAGCAGGAUCCCAUCGGAAUCACGAUUGCACAGGGACAAGGUUUGGAGUUGAAGGACGAGGAGUUACCACCGGUAGAUGAAAAGAAAGUGAAGAAGUAUCCUAUGGUGUGGCAUAACGAAGUCACCGGGAAAAAGGCUUUUAUGGUACAUUCGAUCAUUGCGAAGAAAUUACAUCUCAAGUCUUCUCCUACAGAUGAGGAAAAGGUCAUUGAUGAUGUCGAUGAGGUUAGGGCUUGGUUAUAUGGCUUUGACAGGCGGAUGGUGAAGCCCAGAAAUGUUUUGAUUGCGCCGUACGAGGAGGGGGAUGUUUGUGUAUGGCAUAAUAGGGGUAUGAAACAUGCAUUUCUGGAAUAUCCGCUUGAGAAAUUGGGAGCGAGGACGAUGCACCAGGUCAAUAUUGCGGCGAGCUGUCCGCCGAGCUAG